AUGAUAUCCCAAGUUGAGGCACGUGCCGUUCAGCUUGCUUUACGCGGGUUUAAAACACAUUUACAUGGCCCCGUGGAUAUUCGCAUCGACAAUACAACGAUAAUCAACAUUAUGCAAAAAGAAAACACGCAUUCACAGUUAUUAGUGAAGAAGGUCAACGCCAUAGAUAGAGUUCUUCGCUCACACGGAAUACGAGCAAAGUGGAGCUACGUCGCCUCAGCAAAAAAUCCUGCGGACGGCAAAUAUAAAGAUAAAAAAGUCAACCCAAUAGUCUUAGCGAAGGGGGUACAACUCGCGAUAGGGAGAACGGGAAGCGGGCUAAAAGGGGCUUUUCAGCACUUCAAUUUUGUCAGUUCUUAG